CCCAAAGUUUAGAUCAACAGAAACCAUUUGAAUUGAACUAAACCCUCUUCUCUUCUUCUCUCACAAAAAUGCUUCGUUACAUCAUCUUCAAUUCCAACCAUUACAAAACCCUAAACCCCCAAAAAUCUUACCCUCUUUUCCCAUUUCAAUUUUCUCACAAAUUCAAACUCUGCACCACCUCUUCAGAUUCCGUGUCUGAAUCAGAGUCAUUCACUGUCUCCUACCUCAUCAACAACAUCGGUUUCACUCGUGAAAAAGCUCUCAAAGCUUCAAAACGAGUUCGUUUCAAUUCUCCAGAAAAACCCAAUUCAGCUUUCACUUUCUUCAGAAACUUCGGUUUUUCAGACACUGACAUAAAGAAAAUCUGCAUAAAAGAACCAUGGCUUCUUACUUCAGAUACCCACAAUUCAAUUCUUCCAAAGAUUGAAUUUUUCCUAUCCAAAGGUGCUUCAAUGUCUGAAAUCUCUCGGCUUUUAACGGCGAGCCCUAGAAUUUUACAAUUUAGUUUGGAGAAUCGAAUUAUCCCUCAUUUUGAAUUUUAUAAUAGGAUUUUGAAAUCUGAUAAAGCUACAAUUUGUUGCAUGAUUCGACAUUCGAUUCUUUUGGCUUACAAUCUUGUGCCUGUUAAUGUUAAGUUGUUGAUUGAUUAUGGUGUUUGUGAUUCCAGUAUUGUUAAAUUGCUUUUGACAAGACCAACUAUACUUGGUUCAAUUGAUUUGAUCAAGUCUUUGGAGGAAGUUAAGGGUUUAGGGUUUAACCCUUCAACUUCCACUUUUGGGAUAGCUUUGGUUGCAAAGAAAUGUAUGAGUAAAACACGGUGGAAUGAGAAAGUUGUUGCCUUUAAGAAAUGGGGUUGGUCUGAUGAAGAUAUUGUGGAAUCAUUUAGGUUGCAGCCUAAUUUGAUGUUGUCUUCAGUUGAUAAGAUUAAUUUGGUGAUGAGUUUUUGGGUCAAUCAAUUGGGUUGGAAUUCCUUGGCACUUACUAGAAAGCCGCAAAUUUUCGGUUUUAGUUUGCAGAAAAGGAUUAUUCCGAGGGCAUUAGUUGUGCAAUAUCUUCAGAUGAAAGGUUUGAGGAAAAAUUAUGCAAGCUUAGUUACACCGUUUUUUUGGUCUGAGGAACUGUUCUUGCGCAAAUAUGUUUACUGUUUUAAGGAAGAGUCUGAUUAUUUAUUAAAGCUUUAUGAGGAAAACAUGAAUCAUGCAUACACCACGGAGAACAUUGAAAUGUCAUUCAUCAAAUAGGGACAGGGAGUGUGUUCUCAUGGUGUUAGCUCUUUCCAUGUUUGUUCAAUCCAGAACCCCUAGUAGUAUAUACAAACAGUGUAAGCUGGUCUACUCAAUUUCAUGAUUAAUGCUUUAAGCUUAUGGUUAAGUACUUAGGGUAGGUACUUUUCCCUUAGUUCUCUACACAUUGUCUUUUUAAGUGACUUUUAAUUUUUACGGCAGUUUCUAUUACUCACACAAUGGCAUUACCUAGUUUUGCAGCCUUUUUGAAUUUUGACUAGCCAUGAUUCAUCGUGUUCUUCUGUUUUCUAUUCUGAUGAUUAUUUAUCUACUCCUUAAAUAUUUAUGAACACACCUGGUAUUUCAGUCCAGAGAAAAGAUUAUUGCUGCCUUUAUGUAGGAAAGGACUGUGGACUAAGGUGCUGGUUUGAUUGAUUUUAUGCACAAAUAGUAUUGGCAUCAUUUCCUUUCGCACUCCAACUAUUAUUAGUUCAUUGAAAUGAUUGGAUGAAGGAUGCCAUUGAGAGGACUUUUGUGGAUGUUACGACUUAAAUAAACUCGGAUGUUGUGCUUUCCGGUGUCCCCUCUAUUUGCAAGAAUUAUAUUCGGCAUAACUAACCUUUCUAUGAGACUAAUUUUUGUUAAAAGGAACAACAAAGACAAAUGGAUUGGGAGUUGGUUGAAUUUCUUUCUCAACACUUCAUUUCUUAGAUAAGGAGUAUUGAGGCUUGAUCAAAUUUCUUCGGGAAAUAAUUCGUUAACCACUAAAUAAAUAAUUGGAAGAGUGUCGUGUAAAGAUUGAACAAAGACAAAUUUCUUCUUGAAAGUGAUCCUAGAAGGCCAUAACAAAUUGAAGCAAAUGUUGUUCUAUACAAUCAAUAUGCAGUUUGAUGGCUUGCAAUUCUGCAGAUUAGGUGAGAGCAACUGAUCCCAAAGAUUGAACAUAGCAGAGAAUAAGGCUUAUGGAUUCUCAUGUUUUUCUGAAGAGUCUGAAUGUUAAUCUGCUAUACAAUAUCAGAAUGGGCAUAUAACCUUUUUGGGUCAUCUCAAACCUGCUUACUUUACAAGUUGAAUGCAUAUUAUUAUGAAAAUAGAUCUAUUCAUCUCUCUCCCCCCCCCCCCCCCCCCCCCCCCGAUUGUUACUUUUACUCUGACCCAUUGGAUGAAGAGUAGCAGGUAUGUCAGAACAGAAAGGGCAGUAGAGGAUCCAAUUUCGAAACGUAUCCCCACAUCUCUACCAUUUUCCAUGGAUAAGAAGGGGUAACAUGUUUGCUUCAAAGCUGGAGUGGAAUCCUGCUGCAAAGGAGGUCACUGACUCUCACCAUUGAAACUCCAGCCAUAACAGAACUUCAACAAUGACUUCAAGGAGGCCUCACUGGACAAGAGAAAAAAAUUUCAGCUUAUGAGAUUGUUUUGUUGGCUUCAAAGAAGGGAAUCAUCAAAAUUGAGCUUCAAAUUAGUUUAGAAGUUGUGCUUCAAAAUAGGAGUGGAGACAAAAAUGACAAACUUAGCAUGACAAUAAAAAAGGUAGUUUGAUUAUUUUGAAAUGUCAUUGGAUAUGUUAGGAGUGUAAUUAGAAGGAAAAAAAACUUGCAUUAUUCUAUUUAAAAAUAAAGUUUAAAUAUGUAACCAAAAAAAGUUUAAAUAUGCUCUUGGUGCCUAUAAAUAUACUAUACUCUCUUUA